UAUUAAAAACACAACAUGAUCAAUAAAAUAAGUGCAAAAAAACCAAACCAAAUAAAAAAUCAAAAAAAUGAGAAGGAUAAAGAAAUAAAGAAAAAUGAAGAUGAAGUCUCUAACCCUUGUUGUCUGUAACCCUCAAUUACAGUAUACAACUGUCUUUCUCUCUCUAUAUUCAGCUUUCCAUCUCUAAAAGUUGACGCAAUUAUCACGCACAAUUUUCGAAUUUCCAUCUUUAAAUUUCCUUCCUACAAUUUGAUGAACAGAUAAGAAGAGUGAGAGUAAACAAUUGCGCACAAAUUCAACUACUUUUCGCCGAGAUCGGAAACUUGGAUCUUCCAAAAUUGUUAAGGUAAUUACUGCACCUUGAAUAUGGCGAAUCCAAAAGGGUCUGCUAACAUCAGAAAUCUGAUGCAGAAUGGGAAGAACUCCCUACUUCCCCCCAAAAGUCCAUUUCCCAGUAUUACUCCAGCUUACCCUGAUUAUGGACCCAACACCUGUUUGGGAUCAAAAUCUGCCUUAAGGUGUAGAGAUGGAAAUUCAUAUCAUCAAAGAACGUCAUCAGAGAGCGUUAUAGAGGAGCAACCUUCUUGGCUAGAUGAACUUCUAAAUGAGCCAGAGACCCCUGUACGAAGAGGUCAUCGCCGUUCAUCAAGUGAUUCUUUUGCUUAUUCUGAUGCUGCCAAUAUGUCUAACAUGGAUUAUAUGGUGCCACUUGAUGAAACCAAGUUCAAAUCUAUGGUGUCAUCUUCAUUAUGGGGAUCACAAAACUUUGACCUUAGCAAAGAAACUCUACAAGGGUCUUUCCAUCAUGACAGUAACUUUUAUGGGAAACUUAGGAAUAGGUCAUUGGAAUUGAAAUUGGCUCCAUCAAAUCAUACUAAUGGGUUGCGUUCAUCGAGGGAUAAAGCUGUUACGCAAAGUGCAGGAGCAUCUGCUGCUGCUCUUGAACUGGAUUCAGUCCCGUCUACUGCAGCUGAAAAGCUAGACCAAAGUGAAUCUGGUUCUCAUGAUCCCAAAAGUUUCUUUGAGAAGAAAGAUGGUUCGCAUGCCAAAACUCCAUCGGAAAAUGAUACAAAGCGUGCUAAGCAGCAAUUUGCUCAACGAUCAAGGGUGCGGAAGCUUCAGUACAUAGCUGAGCUGGAAAGGAGUGUACAGUCGCUACAGGCAAAAGGAUCUGAAGUUUCAGCUGAGCUUGAGUUUCUCAAUCAACAGAACCUGAUCCUAAGCAUGGAGAACAAAGCUCUGAAACAGCGUUUGGAAAGCUUGGCCCAGGAGAAGCUCAUUAAAUAUUUGGAGCAUGAAGUUUUGGAAAGAGAGAUAGGGCGACUUCGUGCCUUGUACCAACAGCAGCAGCAGCAGUCGCAGCUGCAACCGCAACCGCAUCAGCGGCCAUCAUCUAGCCACAGACGGACAAAUAGCAGAGAUCUCGAUGCGCAGUUUGCAAAUCUCGGUUUAAAGCACAAGGAAACUAGUUCAGGGGCUGACCCGUUUAGCGGUCCAGUCGGUAUUUGAAUUUGGGAUUAUCAAGGAGGAAUUUGUCUGUACUCUGUGUCCUUCGAUCACAGUUGCCACGCUGGUCAAACUGUCGUAUCUGCUGCAGGAUUCAUCCCUUUUGAAUUGAGGUGGACUUCAGCUCGGAUAACCUAAUUUCUUCUUUCAGUUUCUGUUUCCAUUGAAUUAUUAUUGUUGUGCACCUGGUGGUCAAUACUACUAGAAUGGAAGGAAAUUCUUUUUUCCAGGUAGAUGUCUUGCCUGAGGUGGUUAACGGAAGGGUAUUUGUCUGGUGUGAUGUAGCAAAUCACUAAUUUAAGAUUUUCUUUAUCCCAUUAUUUUGCCUUUUGCGCAUAGCAAUUGUCAGAUGUAGAACCCUGCAGAAAAGCAGGAGUGAAUAUGGGAUGUUGUAGGAAUAUGUAUUCCAGGUUACUUGUAAUGCCUCAUUAGUGAAGCAGCUUUCUGUAAUGAGCAUUUUUCACCGACAGUUGUGCCUCGUUUUUUCAGAUGUAAAUUGGUUAAUGUGCAGUGACGUAGUUUCUGUUUGA